GGCUACAUGUGAAUCCUGCAAAAUAAGAAGGUAGAGUACAAUUUCAAGAUGAACAGCAAGCUUGUUAGCUAUGACACUCGAAUAACUGGUUAUGUAAGCAAGAAGCAGAUCAAGAAGCUUAAGGGAGUGAAGGCUAAGGAGCUCGUGCUUUGGCCUCCAGUGAGUGAGAUUGUAGCGGAUGAUCCACCCACUGGAAAGAUUCACUUCAAGAGCCUUGCUGGGAUCACAAAGACAUUCCCAGUGGAGGCAUUUGCAGCUGGACAGUGAGAUGCAUGCAGUGAUCAACUGGUUUACCACAAACCAUGAAUUUACAUCUUUCAUACCAUAGUAUCUACAAAGUCAUUUGCUGUUUUCUACCUCUUAUACUCUUCUAGAAUUCUCCUGUCAAGAAUUUGUGAUGCUUCUUGUCAGUAUUUGUAAUCAAAAUAAAACUUCUCAACUUUC